AUGUUUAGACUUCUAGUGCACUUGCGGAGUCUUCCUAAACAGGACUGUGUUAUCGCUGGCUUACUUCAACGUUUUCCAUCAAUCAGAGUUAUUUUGUUUCGCACACUUAUCGAACGGUCGCUGAUCUUGUUAUUCUCUUCAGCUGUCUUGACACAGAUAAAUGAAAAGCAGUACAAAAUGUUGGUCUCAUGUUGGUUUCUUAUGUGA